AUGACUUCUCGACCCAUCCGUAUUGCAGGUGCUUCAGGCUCCGCCUCAGACCGCCGCCAUGCCAUCGCUGAAUUCGCUCGAAAUCAUUCUCAAGAUCCGGUCGAUGUCAUCAUUGCCGAUUUCAUGAGCGAAGCCAACAUGGUCACUGCAGCCGCUCGGCGCGUGGAUCAGGACCGGCAACAUACAAGCACGUCGAUUUCAGGGCAACCUGGGUUGCCCGGAUAUGAGCCUUCGUUCCUCUUGGCCUUACAGCCGGCUCUCGAAGAUUUGGCCAAGCACGGCAUCAAAGUGGCGGUCAAUGCGGGAAAUACUGACACCGAGGGUCUUUACAAAGCGGUGGCGGAGAUGGUGAAAGCCAAAGGUCUAAGCCUAAAGGUUGCUUGGGUAUCUGGUGAUGAAGUUCUCGAGACUGUGAAGUCCGCCUUGGCUUCCGGCAAGUCAACCUUCAAGAACGUGUAUACCGGAGAAACGCUUUCGGAUUGGAAUUUUGACCCCAUAUUUGCACAAUGCUAUCUGGGUGGCCUAGGGGUCGCCGCAGCGCUCGCUCAGGGCGCCGACAUUGUCCUCUGUGGGCGAGUAUCGGACGCAUCGCCCGUAAUCGGGGCUGCUGCGUGGUUCCAUGGCUGGCAACGCAGUGAUCUAGAUCAAUUAGCCAAUGCGUUUGUGGCGGGCCAUCUCAUCGAAUGUAGCAACUACGUCUGUGGAGGCAAUUUCACCGGCUUCAAAACUCUAGAGAAACUAGGCGAAGAUGGAUGGUCUAACAUCGGUUACCCGAUUGCUGAAAUCUCCUCGGAUGGCAAAGUGGUGAUCACCAUGCAGUCUUACGCCACGGGAGGUGCCGUGACGGUCGAUACUUGCUCGUCCCAGCUGCUUUAUGAGAUCCAAGGUCCUUGGUACUACAACUCCGACGUCACGGCAAUUCUCAACGACCUACAAUUCGAACAAAUAGGCACCAACCGCGUUGCCUUGCGCGGAGUUCGCUCCGCACCACCUCCUCCAACGACCAAAGUCGGGAUCACUGCUCGUGGUGGAUUCCAAGCCGAGAUCUCAUGGUAUCUAGUCGGGCUAGACAUUGACGAGAAAGCUCGUAUGCUAGAGGACCAAAUCCGCCGUCUUCUUUCUCCACAAUCAUCCAAAUUCACACAGCUGAAAUUCUCCACGCUGGGUUCGGUCCCAGACGACCCUCGCGACCAGAGCAGGGCCACCGUCACCUUCCGCGUUGUCGUGCAGGCCCGCGAUGCCGACGCCAUCGCUCCUCAUAGCUUCCUCCGGCAAAUCACCGACAACAUCAUGCAGGGUUAUCCAGGAGCGACAUUCCACCUUGAUACACGGCAGGGCUUCCCAAAGCCCGUAUACGAAUACUACGUCAGCCUGCUCCCACAGACCGAAAUCAAGCACCGAGUUCAUCUCCCCUGGAGCAACCAAGUCCUUGAUAUCCCUCCACCCCCAUUAACGAAAGAAUACCCAUCUCGCCAACCCACCCAGUCUACAACCUCAGACCCAGCCACUCGAUCGCUCGACUUCGGCCCUACCACGCGAGGACCAUUAGGAUGGAUUGUCCACGCGCGGUCAGGCGAUAAAGGCCCCGACGCGAACUGCGGGUUCUGGGUCCGUCACAGCGACGAGUACCUCUGGCUACGAACAUUAUUAUCGACGUCCAAGAUCAGGGAACUCUUGGGCGAUGAAUAUAACGCUAAUCCGCAUCUAGAGGUGGACCGGUUAGAGAUGCCGAACUUGCGGGCGGUGCAUUUCUUGUUUCGGAAUUUGCUGGAUCGGGGCGUUGGUAUUACUACGACGGUGGAUUUCCUGGGGAAGAAUGUUGCGGAGUAUAUAAGAGUUAGAUGGGUGGAUUUGCCGGUUCGGUUUUUGAAUCGGGGGAAAUUGUAG